AACUCUGAAGUCGACUGCAAUCAAUACCCUUGCAAAUAUUGCACGCUGUCCUGUAUAACUUAUUCUUUGUCUCUCUCCACGACAUACCUACUGUACAUGAGUUCCUCCAAGUUUGCUUCCUCGUUCGCACCUUAUACCCCGCCUCCUGACGACCCAUCUUAUGCAUCAUCAUCGAAGCACUCCCCUACAAAAGCUUGGUUUCCUCCGCAACAUGUGACAUCAUAUCAGUCAGGAGGAAUACCCACAUUCAAUACGUCCCAAGCAGGUGGUAUAGGUGCCGUAGAAGAUGCUGAGGUUGCCGGUGGAACAACUGCAUGGGAGACCAGAUACGGCGCUCGUGUCGACCUUCUCGCAGCUUUAGCGUAUCUUCUGGGUCCGGUAUCUGCUCUCAUCCUGUUGAUCGUAGAAACGCAUAAUGACUAUGUUCGAUUCCACGCGUACCAGUCAGCUUUGCUUUCCACUCCAUUUCUCGUUCUACGCAUCCUUGCUUCAUUGCUGGGUUUCGCUUCUUUUGUUCGCACGAUACUCACGUUUCUCCUUGUUAUUCCAUUGGUAUACAUGGCAUGGCGAGCAUAUAUUGACGCGGCCCAUAAUGGACUUGCACGUUUCCAGCUACCUGGUAUUGGUCCCCUAGCGGACCGUUGGGUCUCUGAAGAAUAGCUUAUUCCUCAGAUAUACAUCCUUUUUCCUUUUCGGACCCGCAGAACUCAGCAGUGCAGCACCACACGUACCUUUCAAAGGUAAGUAUCUGAUGACGACGCACGAUUGCGAAACAAUUUGGAUUUGCUUUUCAAACCGGAAUGCAAAGGUUGGCGAUGUUCCUCACACUGCACAGUAGAGUGUACGAUGUCAAGGGAAAUAGAGAACGCAUUGGAUACAAAAGCUGCGAACACAACGGAACAUAGUGAUGUAAUAGAGGAUACACAACGAUGCGAAGACUCGAUAC